CGAGCUGAGCCGAGCCCAGCCGAGCCGAGCCGAGCCGGGAGGUGCCAGGGAGAGGCAGGCAGAGCCCGGCCGGCCGCCUGCGGCUCAGCGCCGAUUGUGCCUCGUCGCCAGGCUCCGCGUACCCCCGCCUCUGUGUAGGCUCCCGCGAAACUUUUAUUCUCUGGGGUUCCCCGGGGUGAGUGAAGGAAUUGGAGCGCUCGGCCGUGUCUGCGCUCCCCUGCAGCGGCGACCGAGGGGACGUAAAUCCCUCGCCCGCCGGGCUCUCGAACCCUGCGCCUCCUCACCUGCUGAUCGCUCCUCGGAGCCGUGAGGGGUCACGCCCGGAGGGGAGGCGCGGGCGCCGGCGCCCCCGAACUCUCCCGCUCACUGCGGUGGACCCGCCCGGCAGAACUUUAACUUGAUUCCCCUCGCUCAACCCGCGGUUGCUGCUGCGGUGGCUGCUGCUGCUGGUGCCGCCGCCGCUCCCGCCGCCGCCACCGCGGCGAUUUCACAAAGGGGCUCGAGGAAGAGAGGCGAGGCGGCGCGGGCGGCGGGGACGGGCCUCUGGGCCGCUGAGGCGGGGAGACAAAAGGGAAACUGCCUCUGCUUGCGCUGCCGGUUCGGAGCAGCCCUCUCGUCCGCCUCCCGCGCGGCCCGGUGAGUUUCCUCCCCCAGCCCCGGGCGCUGCUCCGCCUCCCUCCCCGCGGGCUGUCCCCGCAGUGCUCCGGGACCCGGCGAGCCUUCGGGGCGCGCGUCGCUGCCGGUCGUUGGGGCUCUAGCGAUAAUAAAUGAUAGAGGAUACAAUGACUUUGCUGUCUCUGCUGGGUCGCAUCAUGCGCUACUUCUUGCUGAGACCCGAGACGCUUUUCCUGCUGUGCAUCAGCUUGGCGCUUUGGAGUUACUUCUUCCACACCGACGAGGUGAAGACCAUCGUCAAGUCCAGCCGGGAUGCCGUGAAGAUGGUGAAGGGCAAGGUAGCCGAGAUCAUGCAGAAUGAUCGACUCGGGGGGCUUGAUGUGCUGGAGGCAGAAUUUUCCAAGACCUGGGAGUUCAAGAGCCACAACGUGGCCGUGUACUCCAUCCAGGGCCGGAGAGACCACAUGGAGGACCGGUUCGAAGUUCUCACAGAUCUGGCCAACAAGACACACCCGUCCAUCUUUGGGAUCUUCGACGGGCACGGGGGAGAGACUGCAGCUGAAUAUGUAAAGUCUCGACUCCCAGAGGCCCUUAAACACCAUCUUCAGGACUACGAGAAAGACAAAGAAAAUAGUGUAUUGUCUUACCAGACCAUCCUUGAACAGCAGAUUUUAUCAAUUGACCGAGAAAUGCUAGAAAAAUUGACUGUAUCUUAUGAUGAAGCAGGCACAACGUGUUUGAUUGCUCUACUAUCAGAUAAAGAUCUCACUGUGGCCAAUGUGGGUGACUCAAGAGGAGUCCUGUGUGACAAAGAUGGGAAUGCUAUUCCUUUGUCUCAUGAUCACAAGCCUUACCAACUGAAGGAAAGAAAGAGGAUAAAAAGAGCUGGUGGUUUCAUCAGUUUCAAUGGCUCCUGGAGGGUCCAGGGAAUCCUGGCCAUGUCUCGUUCGCUGGGGGAUUAUCCACUGAAAAACCUCAACGUUGUCAUUCCAGACCCAGAUAUCCUGACCUUUGACCUGGACAAGCUCCAGCCUGAAUUCAUGAUCUUGGCAUCAGAUGGCCUCUGGGAUGCUUUCAGCAAUGAAGAAGCCGUUCGAUUCAUCAAGGAACGCUUGGAUGAACCUCAUUUUGGGGCCAAGAGCAUAGUUUUACAGUCAUUUUACAGAGGUUGCCCUGACAAUAUAACAGUCAUGGUGGUGAAGUUCAGGAAUAGCAGCAAAUCAGAAGAGCAGUGAACCCUUCAGGGGUCUCAGCUGCCUUAGACUAAAGGACUUUCAACACACUGGUCUCUUUUAACAUAGUGAAAGGUGUGGGAGUUGUAAUUAGGAUCAUCCAUCCCAGACACGGAAUUCCCCUCUCCCUGGUGGUCUUAGGUCUAUAUCCAGUGAUGGACAGAGGGUGCUCUUGGCCAAUGCAGUUGAGAGGCUGGAAAGUGGUUUCUUCAUGUUUUCCCAACACGUUCAUCCAAUGUUCAAAGUAUAUAAAUAGCUGUAGAUUCACAGGUAUGAACUGAUUAAUGUACGUGCCAUGUAGUCUCCCUUUUAAGAUUCUUUUCAACAUCCUGUUCAGGCUCCUCCAGGCAUCGGCCAUUGUGUCCUCUCUUUGGAACGGUGGGACAGGCAGGCCUCCCAGUGCUGCAGGAGCCCGGCUGCUGUGAGUGGUCGGGUGCUGAAGUGGCCACACCUUCUGUGGAGAGGCAGAGCUAUCCUGAGAGUGCUUUCCCCUCCUGAGCCCAGGCGCUCUGCUCAGCAGCUCAGAAGCGGGUUUGGAGUGGUUUAUUAUUCAGUGGCUGUUCUUGGAGACAGAGGGAAGCAGGGAGGAUCAGUGGCAGCCACCUACACAGCAGAAAUAACCCUCUUCCCUCACUCGCUUUAUUAGUUAAAUAGACUUUGUAUACCACCUGACCAGCCUUUGUGAGUUUAUCCUAAUCAUGCAUGACCUUAACCUUUUGCUUAGACCUUACCGUAUGUAAUAAGCAGCUGUUAACUUCACCACCAGACACCAUCAUUUUUCAUCUUACAUUACCAAAAAAACAUGUUAGGGGAAAUGAAAAAA